GGGAGAGCGAAGAUGUCUUCGUCGCUGUCUCCGCAGGCAUCGGCCCUUUCCAUCAACCUGCCACAUCCGGUGGACAACUUCCAGCUAAGUUCUGCGACCCGGGAAUAUGGAGAAGUUGUGACUGCAUCCAGACCACAUAGCCCUUCCAAGUCGCCCAAGUUGGCGCGGUCCAUGUUUGACGAGAACACGUCACACUUGUCCUCGACAGAAUGCGUCUUUCGCGUGCGUAUCAGUGGUAUCCAGUGUCGAAACCUAGAGCCUCGCAAAUUUGGCGGGAAGAGCGAUCCAUUCGUUGAGUUUUACUGGGGCGACAUUGAAGCGCCGUUCACGACUCCCGUGAUCAAGGCCGACUUGAACCCGACGUACAAAGGCGUGACGAUCUCGUUCGAGUACAAGCAGAGCAUCGCCCAUCUCAAGGAACGCAACUGCACGAUCAAAGUGUUUAGCAGCCGCACGUUCCAGAGCAAGACGUUGAUCGGGACCGCCGUGAUCGACCUGCUCUCCGUGGCGACUGGACCCGUCCACCACGACCACCAUUUGCUCGGGUGCUCGAACGGCCGCGUCGUGUUCAACUGCUACAUGGAGCAAUGCAGCAACUGGAAUAUUUGCGUGAGCGACAUUGGGCUCAUGAUGCCUGCGAUCGGCAACGAACUGGACCGUCCCGAAGGGCACGAUUUCCAGGAAGACGCGUCGCUGCCCCUGAAAAAGUACGCCGUCUCGUACAAGUGCACGAUCGGGACGUCCGAAACGUUUCAAAUGGGCAACACCCUCAAGCCCGCGGACAAGAUUCCGUUUGAAAACAUCCAGGAAAUCAGUUUCCAAGCAUUGGCGCGCCUGAAAGUGCUGUCGAAUCGCAACAUGGCGCGCAUCACGAGUCACCACGACGACCUAGACAGCGCCACCAGCGGGAGCGUCUCGGUGGGCCCGCCGAGCGGGGACGCCCAGCCGCUGUCGUCGUCGUCCGCCGCGGCCGUCCCGGAAGAACCAAUCGCAGUGAGCUGGACCUCGGCCGCCGACCGCUUGCCCCCCAUCACCCGCUACAGCACGUUUGACGAACUCAUGUCAGCUACACUCAAGCUCGAAGUUCGUGCGCGCAGUUAUUGUUGGUCCAACAUCAUUCGUUUUUAUUUCUAUUUAUUUUAUUUUCCUUUGGAAUGUAAAUUAGUAUAAUAUCUUAACCCCAUCGUAGAUUCGGAAUUUGUCGGUCGGGCGAGGUCAAAUGUCGUCUGAUGCUGACAACGGGUUUCUCCUCAUGUUUGACAAGUACAAAAAGGAAGUGGCGGAACUCGACCCGGACGUGCCCAUGGACGCAGAGCUGCAGAACACGGUUCUGUUUGGUCAAAGCUGGCUAUCGCUCGAGAAAUUGUUUGAAGAUGCGCUGCAGGAACGCCUCCGUCGGCGCACGGACUCGAAGGACAUGGACGAUGUCGCGUCCAAGCUGAAUCCGCUCGAGGCGUCGAGCCUCACGUCCAAGUUUGAGCAGAACCUGACGCUCAAGGGCCACCAGGUGGGCGUUGUGUACGGCACGGUGCUGUUUACGAAAAUCCCCGACGUCCGGCAGCUCCGCAGCGGCGUGAUCAGCGAGAACGGCAUUUCGUCGUCGAGCAGCGUGAUCGUCGGCGCGUCCAACGACAAAAAGAUGCGCAAGUCCAAGGUUCAGAUCCCCGCCGAGGCGCAGCGCGUAUUGGAGAAGACCCAGGACCUGGUCCAGCUCAUGUCAACGACGGCCAAGGACGACAAGGAGGGCAAGAUCCGCAAAGCGACCAAGAUCCUGCGCGUGUUGCAGACAUCGCACAAGGCGUCGAUGCUAUCGUGGGUGUACGCGUCGACGGACGCCCUGGACGAAACCAAGAGCAUCUUGCUACGUCUGUGGCAGUUCUUGCUGGAAAACAUCCGUGUGCGGCACUACGCGCUGCGCAACAUCUUUUACGAGCUUCUGUUUUACCUGGUCAAGCGCGCCGAGCUGAGCGACUUGCCGCUGCUCGGGUUUGACUCGGUGUCGUCGACGACGGGCCUCGGCUUUUUCCACGGCGGCAACAAGACCCAGAAGAAAGACCUUGAGUUUGGGCUGAAACUGCGCUCCAUGCUCGUAGAAACCAAGUACUGCGUGCUCCAAGCCGUGAGCGUCCGAGGUGUGAUGAACAACAACUUUAUGUUCUUCGUGGCGCGGAUGCUGUCGGUGCUGUGCUUCCGCCUCCCGAGCUUUGGCGUGGAAUUGUACUCGGUGUGGGCCGAAUCGUACAUUGAACCAGUCGAGGAACUCGCGGCCGAGUUUGAAAUGAACGCGGACGCCGACUUGUUUGCGAUGGAUGGACUCGAAGCGCACUUGGACUGGCGGCGGUUCCACAAGGCGCUAUGCGACUGCUACGGCGAGAAGACACUCAAGGCUCAGGAGGACGAAGCCGAAGACAAGUACGAGGUCACGCUAGAGUCGUACCGGAUCCGAUUCCGCCGCAUCUCGGGCGAAACCAACACGCUCAACAUCUUGCUCGUGGAUCAGUGGCUGUGGUAUGUCCUGGACACGCUCGCAGUGCUCAACCAAAAGAUCGGGUGGGUGCAUCUACCAGGGUACGCACAAGUGAUCAAGGUGUUCUUCCUUGAGCUUAAGGGCCAAAAGUCGGGGUGGCUGCCGCCGACGUUGUACAAGUUGUCGUGCACGAUGCUCUGCAACCCGACGAUCAUCAACCCCAUGACCAAGUUCCUCUUGAGUUCCACCAACGUGCACGAAGUGCCCGCCGUGAUCGGCGCCGUCGAGCUCCUCGGCGUGUGGAUGUACAUGAUCCGAUCAUGGCGCGUACGGCUCGGGUCGUACCGGUUAUCGCAUUUGGAAAACAACGACCGGUGGAACUUUCACCAAGAUGCGCAGUACUCGAUCCCUGCCGGCGACGAAGUGUCGCUGCUUCCGCCCACGUUUGACUUUCGGUUCCUCACGUCGGCGCUGCAGAUUUUGCUCGAAUCAGAACACACGCAGAUCCUGCUCACGACGCUCGAGUUUCUGUACAAUACAUGGGACUGCUUUCCCGAACGGCACGCCGACAAACUGCGCUACGAACUGGCCCAACCCGAUACUUUUAUGAAGAUGUUUCUGCACUGGCACAGCGAAGUGCGCCACUUUUUCCACACGUUGGUCGCGUAUCGUGCCAUGAAACCCCACGCGUGGACUCAGAAGGGGUCGUCGUUUGUCGACACCCCGCCCCACAGCCGGCGGUAUAUUGACGCCGUCGGCGCCGACUUUACGUCGUCCCUGGGGCCAGAGGAAGCCGACAGCGACAAGCAACGGUCGCGCAGUUAUAGCGCCAGCAACCUCAUCGAGUCCGUGUCCAAGCGCCUCGGGUCAGUCAGCUCCCCCCGGGCCAUGUGGAGCUCGUCGCCGCGGUCGUCGCCGCAGCCGUCCCCCACGCUCACCAUCACGGUGCCAUCGCCAAGCGGAUCGUCGGGCGGGUUGGCGGGGCGGGGGUUCAGCUCGAGUGGCAACAGCACCCCCACCAACGACAAUGGCGGCGGACGCAAGUCGGAAGAAAGCACGCCACACCAUCGUCAAGCCCGCAAAACGCGCAGUGUGUCGGAGGAUCUGAACCGCAAGGAGCUGGCGGCGGCGAAGAUGGACCCGAAGAUCCAAGUGCAGUUCCACCGCAUGUUGGAAUCCGUGUACGCCGCCGCGAAAAUGUACGCGGCGCAGCUGGCCGGCGAGAAGCCCGCGGUCGAACAAGUUGGCAAGCCGACGACGACGUCCCACCACCACCACCACCAUGUGUCGUGGAAGAAGAAGGGGCAGCUGCUGAAACAGGGCUUUUUGUAUCGAAAUCAGUGGAAAACCAAGUUCUUUUCGUUGAAAAACAAUCGCCUGGGCUACGCCGACACGGAAUCUGGCCCGAUCAAGCGCGAAAUCUCCGUCUUGGGCGCCCGCGUGGGGGAAAUGGCCAACCAAAUCGACCAGUCCAACGGCAACCGCGUGAUCUUAUUCAAUUGCUUUUACGUUGACAACGGCGCCACGUCCAAGUUUCAGCUGUGCGCGCCAUCGUACGACGAACAGCGCGAGUGGAUUGAAGUGCUAUCGCAAAAUGCCACGGAAACCGAAGAGAAGAAGCUUCCCAAGACGACGCCCUUGCCCGCCGCCGACAAGGAAGACAAGUGGGAUGCGCUAUCGGACAAGUUGGAAGGCGUCGCGGGCCAACAUGUCGGCGGUGAAAGCGUCCCGCAAACGCUCAUGCCGUACACUGUACAAGCCACCAAGGAGUACGUGCUAGAUUUGAGAUUUUUUAUAUUAUUUUUAUAUGUCUGAAAUGACGUAGAUGGCUAACGUUUCGAGUGGACGCGAUUGAAUUGGACUCUCGCAUUGCCGCCAACCAACCGUUUAGCUUACCCGUGCUCUUGGCCAAAACGUCGACUUAUGCAGACGAUAUUUGACAAGCACAAAAAUACAAUCACGUUAAAAGCAACGGAGUGUGUGGUGAUAUUCAGUAUGUCGAUGAUCGCCACUACUGUAGUAGUACUGUAGGCAAGCGUUCGUUAACCCUGUGUUGAUUCCGCG